AUGCUUCUUGGUGCCCUUAUCUGGAUCGCAACACUGGUACCCUACUUUGUAGUGUAUAAUGACAGUAAAUACAAAGCAAUGACCAGGUACCAAAUACAUGUUUACUUAACUAGUAAUAACCAAAGGUUAAGAAGUGCAAGUGAGUUUCAUGCUUCUGAUCGAAGGUCAAAACGUCCUUGCUACAACGCUGGUGUUUUGCGUAAGUGAUGCGUAAUAGAAGGUCAAAACGCAUGUGUUUAGGUUACGAGUGAUAGACGGCUUUUCGGCUUAUCAGUUUCAAGUCUAAUUUAUAGAAACAACCAAAAUACAACAAGAAAGACGAAGGAAAUUUUUCUUUUAACAUUGGUAAAAUCGUGACCCCUUGUCGAUGUCGAAUGUCCCGCCAUUUUGAGCCUGCGCUCUUUAAACUACUUCCUAGAAAGAACCCUAGUCUUCCUGUAUGACACUACUAUGUGAUGAUAAUACUUUAGCCUGCGAAUUCAGACGUCUCUCCCUCCUCGUCCCUCGCCGCUAACUUCCUGCAGGCAUGUGCGCAAAUUUCUUCUUAGCAGCUUUACAUCUUCCGUUGUCACCCAAUAGUUUCUGAUUCAAAUUCUGCGUGCGCGUAUGUAGUAUUAGCUUACUUUGAAACGAACUCUUCAUGGGCAAUUUUAUCUAAGGAGUGCCACACAUGCCGUGCGGUACAAACUAACUAGUAGGCUGAUUUAGCAACAGAACGAGAACGUCAGUUGACGACGGCGCGCGCAAAUCAAACAACUGGUUUGGCCAAUCGUAGAGCAGCAAAUUGGGCACCGGAAGUCGAGUUUAGUCCUUUCCGCGCGCUUUCCCGGCGUCAAAUGACGUUCCCGUUCUGUUGCUUAAUCAGCCUAGUAAUGAAUUGCCAAGUCGGAUCUUACGUUGAUAUUUUCAUCACCUAAAUUAGAACGCUCUAGUCCUUCUAUUGACCACUCUGCCGAUGGGCGUGCAUACAUAUCAACUGGUAAACUUCAGUCUACGUAUAUGUGGAUUUCCUUUACAGAUCAGAAAAGGCCGGCGCUUGUCUGUUGCCAAACACCUGUUUGGGUCUUGCAGCCAAACUCUUCGCGCAGUUUGAGACCAUCCGAGUUGGAAUCUCUUGGAAACAGGUUUCCGAGUACCCUUCACCCGAUGAAAAUUUCAAUAUGGUUUGGGUGUUUUGCAUGCUGUUAGCUGAGUGUGCAAUUUUUGGCACUAUCACCUGGUGAGUGGACCGUAAAUGUGAAGUAAGACACGAAUGAUUACCGUAAGCCUCCGUUUGAUACAUCUUCGUAAGGCUUUUCAGGGGGGCUCACGAACAGAGAACUGUAAAUCCGGGGGGAGGAGGCUUAGUACUGUAGUACAUAUAACGAACCACAUAGAGAUCAAACCGGGGGCGGGGGGUGACCAGAGGGCUUAUAACCGAAAUAACGAAACAAGAUAUAAUAGUGCUGAUUAAAAUUCGUUCUUCAUUUACAGUCAACUCCCUUUAUAGCGGACACUGUAGGGACCUCAAGUUAGUGUCCUCAUUAGCGAGAGUCCGUAAUAGCGGGAGUUUAUUUCAGUCAAACGUCUGUAAUUUGGUUUUUCCUGGGAUUUAACUGCUGUCCGUUUUAUCGGGGUGUCCGUUAUAGCGAGGUGUCCGCAAGGCGAGAGUUGACUGUAUUGGUUUUUAAUUAAGCUUCUAAACUUCAUUAAAAAUUCAAACGUCAUGAUCAUUUCAAUACCGGCUCGAUGGGGGCUUCUUAUCAGAUUUGUUCACAAUUAGAUAGGCCCAUACAUAAAUGGAGAGGGGGACUUAUGAGUAAGGAGUUUAUAAGCGGCAGUUUACGGUAGUCAAUGUAGGUCUAAAUAGCUAGAACACAAAAGGGAAAGAAAUUCACUUUCACUGACAUCACCUUUUUCUUCACUAGGUAUGUUGAGGCGGUAUUUCCCGGAGAGUAUGGAAUCCCCAAACCAUUCUACUUCCCAUGUAUGCCGUCAUAUUGGUGUGGUGUUAACAGC